GACCGAUUCUAAUCCAACUUCACGCUACGAAACUUUCGCAUUUAUACGAUGGAUGACCGCAGACGAAGCAGAUCUCCCGAUCGCGAAAAAUCUAGAAAAUCCACAGGCGGGUUUCGAUGGAAGGAAAAACGACGCGACGAUGGUGAUUCCAGAGGCGCAGGCGACGACCGCAGAUUAGAGCGCGGAUACAGAGGAGGGGAUCGACCACGUUCGCCACGGAGGGAUCGAGAUCGCGAUUCAGAUCGAUACGGAGACCGGUAUAGGGAUGGUGAUCGCAGAGACGGUGAUCGGGGUCGGGAACGGACAGAGCGUGAUGAGAAGGAGGAAAAGCGGGAGAGGAAGAGAGAGAAGAGGGAGAAGAAGGCUGCUGUUGCUGCACAAUCUGCGGAACCUAUGAUUGUUGUCAAUGUUAAUGACCGCCUGGGAACGAAGGCUGCGAUCCCGUGUCUUGCGUCUGACCCGAUUAAAUUGUUUAAAGCACAGGUGGCCGCCCGCAUUGGACGUGAACCGCAUGAGAUUUUAUUGAAACGCCAGGGUGAACGACCGUUCAAGGACCAUCUUACACUAGAGGACUAUGGAAUCAGCAAUGGCGUCCAACUGGAUCUGGAAGUUGGAACGGGCGACUAAGAGUAUCGUCCCUGUUAAAUCAUACAGGCCUUCACGAAGCGCAUGCGCAUGUCUGCAUUUUUACUAAAGAAAAGUUGUUCUUGUAUCAUAACGACGAUCGGGUAUGGAGUAAUAGAAAUUCAUCUUCUGGGUCGUUUUUCUUCUGCUUCUUUUGGGCUUUUGGCUGUGCACCUUGAAUCUGGUCCUGUAUCUAGGCCAAUCCAGACCGUGUGCUUCUAGAGCUUCGAUGUAACCGGGGAGCAGACAGACACAGUUCAGCAAGACACUUCUAUUGCCUCUGAGAUGGCUGGCAACCUAUACAAUUCCCUGGAUAUCGUCGAAUUCGUUCAUCACUGUCUUUCCUUUUUCCUAUUUCGGACAUCCGCUAGCCAAAAACGGUAAUUCAUGCCUGAGGCUAGAAUGCAUUACCCCGAGGUUCCACUUAACGAGGCUUUUUUUUUUUUUCCC